UCGAAUUUAGAGUCCAAUAUGGCCGCGAUGACAGAUACGUCGAACUAUCAAUUGAAUGUGGGAUACGCCUAAAUUUUCAGCUUUCAACGACAUAUCUUUUAGAAAUAGUAAUACGAUGAACGUGAUGAGUUCUUGCUGUGGUAUGAAAGGCGGAGGAUGCACGAGGAACAAAUGACUUCUACAGGCGCGCAACUUCUCUUAACUUAUAUAAGGUUGUGAUACUUAUGUGUUAACAAAUUUCAACUACUACUAGAAUAAAAGAAAAAUGGAGGCAAUUGUAGAGUAUAACUAUGAAGCACAAGAGCCUGACGAGUUAACUUUAAAGAAAGGAGACAUUAUCACUGAAAUUGAAGUAUUGACAGGUGGUUGGUGGGAGGGUACUUUGAGGGAUAAACGUGGCAUGUUUCCUGAUAAUUUUGUUAAGGUACUAGGGCCUGUAUCAAGCGGAACUGUUAGCAGUAUAGAAACUGCAGCAAGCGAAGGAGUCAAUAAUAAUAAAUCUGAAGAUGUUCCAUUAAGAAACGGAGGAUCUAGAAGACGAUUCUGUAAAGUGUUGUUUGACUAUGAACCUUGUAAUAAAGAUGAAUUAACUCUGGUACCUCAAGAUACUAUUGAAUUUUUGGGUGAAGUAGAAGAUGGAUGGUGGAGAGGACGACUUAAAGGCAAAGUUGGGGUAUUUCCUUCGAAUUUCGUCACUCGUCCAGUAUAUGAAGAACCAGAUAAACAUAAACAUCAGAAUAAAAAAGAACUGUAUAAAGUGAUUUUCCCUUAUAAAGCUGCUAAUGAUGAUGAGCUAACAUUAAACGAGGGAGAUAUAAUAACCCUCUUAUCUAAGGAGGCCUCUGAUGAGGGUUGGUGGGUAGGAGAAAUAAAUGGUCGAAUUGGUUUAUUUCCAGACAAUUUUGUUGAAGUAGUUAAUGUUGCACAAGAUCAGACAGAUCACGAGCAACGACAGGAAACUUCGGUUAAAUCAGCUGCGAGACACUCUCAUGUACCGAAGAAGAAUGAAAAAGUAGAGAGAGAAAAAGUUAGAAGGAGUUUGGAUGUUCAAAGUGUGCAUUCAGAAAUAAAUAAGAAAGCCAUAUCUACAUCAGCCUCUUCUUCAACGUCAUCAACUUCUCCAGGAAUUGGAGAAAGUAAUGAAGAUAGAAAAACUAUAAGUUAUUCAAUCAUAUCGAGUUUGAAACGUUUCCUAGGUGAUGUUGGAACCAAUAACGGUAACGAAAAUACCAAUAUAAGUUUGGGUGAAGAGCUAGAUGUGGUAGAACGAAUAGAAGGAGCACCGCUUUCGCACUUAACAGCUUCUCGAGCUAAAGCACCCCGUCGACGUCCACCUUCUUCGCAACGUUUACGACGUUACACUGCUGGACCAACAAUUACCACUACAACUACUCCAACACCUGAAGAUAAUUUAGCAAAUGGAAAUGGAGAUACUAUAUCGAAACAAUUACGAGAAAAAGAACCCGAAGGACUAGCAGCAAAAGCAAGAAGAAAAGCACCUUGGGUUACAGAAUUAAAAUUGAACCACAUAGAAAAAAGAAAGAUCGGGGUAGUCGAUCAUGUUGAUAUAUCAGAAUUAAAGAAGAAAUGGAAUUAUUCACGAAUGUCACCAACAACGAAUGUCACAAAAGCCAUUAAACAAAAGGACACUAGUCCAAAAUCCAACGCGUCUUCACAGCCAGAGCAAACCUCACCUACUACUGGAACUCCUGCCUAUGUUCCAUAUGACGUUUUCAAUCAGCUUUUAGAAAGGGUUGCCAGCUUAGAAGAGAAACAAGCAAUGUUACAAGAAGCACUGACAGAGAUUUUGGAGCAGUUUGUAGUUACUAUAUCUUUAAUAAACAACGUAACAAAUUAAUGGAUAUCAGCACAGAAAUUCCACAGUAUGUUUUCUUUAUGUAAACUAUUAUUGUCUUGGUUUUACUUUCCAUUAUAAAUGGAAAAGUUUAGCGUAUAUCUACUAUACAGUUGUUAUAUUUAUUCAUUGUAGUAAUGACAUUCUUGAUUUUUUAAUCACUAACAUGGUAACAGUAUUUAUCCGAUUGGCUAUAAAACAAAACAUUCCAUAUAUCAUUCUUUAUUUAAGAAAGUGUUCUUCUAAUGUUUAUCAGUAGUUUGCGUUAUAUCAUUGCAAUUCUUUAUUACCACCUUUGUGUUAUUUUAAAUAACGCUUGAAAAUUUGUUUCGGAAACGAUCUCAUUUAAAAUUUUUGUUCAUUAUUUUAUUACUUAAUUAUAUAUUUUCAGUGUUUCUAAACAAAACUGGUAUAUCAUACCGAUAUAUUUCUUUGAACUAUAUCUUAAAAUGAUAAGAGUGUAACGGUACUUAAAUUGACAAUGAUCAAUGCACACUAUGCUGUAUUUUCGUUAAAAAGCUGCCUCACAUUUAUGAUACAAUCGUUAUUCUUAAGUUCAUUAAGUAAUACAAGUUCCAGUAUAUUUUAUUUUGCAUAAUUUUGUACCUUCGUCGUAAAAGCUUCAACAGUAUUUAAUUUUGAUUAGUAAGGUUAAAGACGUUACUGAAUAUGCUUAAAGGGAAAUAGAUUAAAUGCAUUUAAAUUAUUUUUUUAAUUCAUAAAACAUAUUCCCUAUUGUAUAACUUGAAAUGGUGCUAUGUAAUAAAAUACUUGUGAUAUGUUGUAUCACGUAUGACUAAAUGAGGCAGCGAACUAUAAUUAACAGUUUUUAUCCUCAAUAGAGCGACGAGAUAUGUUGAAGCUCGUAUUAAAGGAAAAAAAAAAUGCAUACUAAUAACUUUGUUUCAUAUAAUCGCAAAGUUGUUGAAUAUUUCAAAUCUUUUUAUUUUUUUAAAAAAACAAAAUCUUAAGUAAAUAUAAUGAAAUGGAGUAAUUAGAGAUAUAUGAGAUAAAUACAAGCCAAACAAUAUUAUUCUUCGCAUCAGUAUUUGACCAAAUAUAAUUUAUCAUCUUUUAUUUAAAGAAACGAUAAACUUAAAGGUUUCCUUCGAUCGUAAUUGUAUUAUUCCAGAGUACGUGUUAGGUAUACACAAGUAUGUAAAUACACAGAUUAUAAAUGAAUCGGAGAAAACAGUAAAAUCCUGUUCUAAUUUGCGAUUUAGUUAAUAAAUAUAUCAGCUUAAAAAUUCUAGUCUAAAACAAACAGAUUGCAAUGAUUAUAAAGUUGAAGUGCCAGCGCUAAUGAAACUAACACUGUCACAAUGAUGUCGUUGUUAAUAGGUAUAUUCUUCAAAAAGUAAUGAUCCAAUUUUACAUUCGAUUAAUAAUCAGAAUUUCUUGAUCAAUAAAAAUUAUAAUUUUAGGUUAACGUGAAAAUGAAUAGUUACAGUAUUUUUAACAGAUAAUAUUCCAUGCAUAAAUUAUACGUCACUACAUUUUGAAGGAUAUCUAAUGUAUUAUAUAAAGUAGACUACAUUAGUGUUGUAUAAAAUUUUUAUACGUUUCAGCUGGAUGUAGCUUAUUUAAGUGGGGUAUAAGUAUAAUGAAAUAAUCAUAAAAUACAAGUGUUUGUUCUACAUACAAGGGAAAAGAAAUGUUAAAUUUUGGCAGCUUUAGUACUAGAUACGUCUUUGUUUAAUUUCUUAUUAAAUGUACACUUUAUAUUCCAGUUGCUUAUCACUAACUCUAAUUGCAUAGCAGGAUGAUACAUCUUCAUAAGUAUAUAAGAUUGAUGUAUAACAAUUUCAAUUAAGAGAAAUUUUUAUAAUUAUACCACGAGUACAAGUCUUUUAAAUUAAAAGUUGCAGAAAUAUGUAUGUGUAUAUAUAUAAUACUAUAUUCAUCAAUGUGCUAUAACUUACUACCAAAUUUUUUCAUAAAUUGUGCUCGAAAUGCGUUAGAUGAUUCUGUUGGAAAAUAUUUUUUCAUAGUAUCCGUCCCCAAAUUAAAGAAAACGAGAACAUAAAUUUGUUGCAGCAGUUCAGAAUGUUGUUUUAAUGUACAAUAUACACAGUUCUUAAAUUAAGCAGCUUUCAUACUUGCUUUUUUGUUACAAUAUGUAUUGUAUAUACAUGACUUGCAUGUUACAUAUAAUAUAAUAUCCACUCCACACUAAGCAUAAUUAAUUUCUCAUCAGUUAUUUUGAAUUUUAUGAAAUUCAAUCUUAACAGUUGAUAUAAAUUUUGGUAGUAUCGCGUGCAACCACUUUAGUUCAAAAACAAUACAGCGCAUUGACCAUGUUUAAAGAAGGUCCACUAACCAGUAUUGUUCUAAUCAUUCAUAAUAUCAAAUACAAAUGUUUUUAUACUUUUAUAUAUUAUCGGACUCAAAGCUUUAAUAUAAGAUUUUCAUGUAGAAAUACGUUUACACUCUACAAAAUUAUUAAUUCUAAUAUAAAUUUCAUACAUUCUUGCAGAAAAGUAAUACGUGACAAUAAUAGUCCUAAGUAAAAAGGAAAAAGAUUGUCUAAUUUUGUAUAAGUUUCAUUAUAUCAUUUUCAUAUAAAUAUUUUUCUUUUUCUUAUUUUUAUAGGUGUUACAAGUUCAAAUAUGUCUAGGUCGUAUUUUUGAAUGUAUAUUCAUAAAAAGAAACACUGUCUUCCUUUAAUAACUAAUAUUACAGACUAUCAUAUUAGUUGGAACAGAGCAACGAUUUUUGAAAUAAUGCGUGUACCAUUCAUAGCAUUUUUGUAUAAAUGAGACUACUAAACCUUGUCUUGUAUACAUUUUUCAUCAUAUUUUCAAUUGCUUUUUUAUUUCUAUAUUUAAAACAAAUAUGAUCACUAAAUUGCACAUUUUUUAAUAUCAAGGAAAAAUCAUGUUAUUAUUAUUUCUGCUUGUAAUUUGUAGUUUUUAUGUGAAGAAUGUAAAUAACUUAUAAAAGACGUUAGAAAGCAUGUUUACCACACUUUAUGUCUUUUGAGUUCUCUUUUGAAGAGCAAAUGGAAAUUGUUUCAUUAUAUUUGUUGCUAUGUGUAAAACGAAAUUAUAAACUAAAAAUAAAUGUUUUUGUAAUACAACAAUAAUUGCAUAAUUUGUGCAUAUUGCUUGCAUAAUACGUGAAAUGUUUCAAAAAUUGAUAUUUUUAUUUUGCAUAAAUAUUGUUAAGCACUGAGACACUGAUACAAUUCAAAUUGUUAUUAUACCGUAUUUUCAUUCGCUCCUAUACCAUUCACAAAAGUAUUGACACAGCAGCUGUUCUUUAGUUAUUAAGUAAUUAAUUUAGAAAGCAUGUGAUUAGAUGAUAAGAAGAUAAUGAGAAAAGCACAAUUUUUUAGAUGUAUAGUUAUAGCUGUAUAUAAUCAAGGAAAAAUGAAAAUUGUAUUUUUUUUCUUUCCUAUAAAUCGUAUAUUCAUAGCAAUUGGAAUGUGUAAAUAAUUUGUUAGGUAAAUCUUUUUCUGCUAAUAAUGAAGAGAGGCACUUGUAACCAUAUAUUAAACAUCUGUAUAUAUUUAA